AAGAGGAUUAUAUAUGGCAGUGGCUUUCAGUGAUUGCUUAAGAUUAAGGAAAUGUCAGUAUUCCUCUCUUUGCGGUCAUUUCCUUAAAGGGACCGGCUCUCUCAAAUUUCUCUAAGUGGUUUUAUUGUUGUUGGGGGGGGGUGUUUUGGCAUUAUAUAUGCUACCACCAAGUGCCAACACUGAAACACAAAAGCGCAAAGAUGGUGAUGGCGGGUCAUAGCCAUGUAUUUGGAGGCGAAGAACAGCUCCCUCUUGCUAUUGCUGAUCACCCCGACCCUGUUGUGUUAGAGCUCACCCGAUUGCAGAACCAACUCAAAGAAAAGGACCGAAAGUUGGGAGCUGCUCAGGCUGAAAUCAAGGCAUUGAGAGCAACAGAAGCGCUCAAGGAUAAGGUCAUAGAAGAGCUCGGUGGGGAAGUUAAAAAGUUGGAUGAGAAACACAGGGUCGCUGAGAAUCUGCUCCAACAAAAGAAUCUCGAAAUGAAGAAACUGGCAGAUGAGAAGAAAGAUGCAGUGGCUGCACAAUUUGCUGCGGAAGCAACUCUCAGAAGAGUUUAUGCAAAUCAAAAGGAUGAUGAGGAUGUGUCUAUGGAGUCAACCAUUGCUCCUCUUAAGGCUGAGAUUAAAAUGUACAAAAAUGAGAUUGCAGUGCUCCACCAGGAUAAGAAGGCUUUGGAACGUCUCACAAAGUCAAAGGAAUCAGCUUUGAUCGAAGCGGAGAGGAUUUUGCGAUCUGCUUUAGAAAGGGCUUUAAUAGUUGAGGAAGUUCAAAACCAAAACUUGGAGUUAAGGAGGCAGAUUGAGAUUUGCCAGGAGGAGAACAAAAUCCUUGAGAAAACUAAUCGCCAAAAGGUCUUGGAGAUUGAAAAGCUUAGCCAAACCAUUCAGGAACUUGAAGAGGCCAUUUUGGUUGGUGGGGCUGCUGCUAAUUCUAUCCGUGACUGUCGGCGACAGAUUUCUCAACUUCGGGAGGAAAAGAGGACACUUGAGAGGGAGCUCGCUAGAGUUAAAGUUUUGGCAAACCGUGUAGCGACCGUGGUGGCUAAUGAAUGGAAGGACGAAAAUGACAAAGUAAUGCCUGUCAAGCAAUGGUUGGAGGACAGAAGGUUGCUGCAGGCAGAGAUGCAAAGAUUGAAGGACAAACUAUCUGUGUCAGAGAGAACAGCAAAGGCAGAAGCACAGCUUAAGGAUAAGUUCAAGCUAAGGCUCAAGAUUUUGGAAGAUGGAUUAAAUCAUGUAUCAAGUAUCUCAAUCAAUCCUAAUGCAUCUUACGGGUCCCCAAAACCAGAAAAGUCCAGUAACAUCUUAGGGUUUUUAACGAGCACCAGUGGACUAAAGAAGAGGUCUACCUCUCAGCCAAGGGCUUCCACCAUCAGUACAAGUUCUCCCCUGCAACGGCCAAGGGCAACAUCAGGAGAAAACAUGGUAAGAAAAAAGUUGUGGGCAUCUAGGUGUAAGGUUGCUGAUAGCAAUGAGAAGGAAAAUGCAGAAAUGAAGGUAAACGGGGACAGCAAUAUACGCAAAGACGGUGACACAAAAGAUUCGGCCGAAAUAAAAAGCAAUGGAGGUAGCAAUGAACAGACAGGAAACAGAGGAAUUGCUGAUAGCAAUGCUGAAGAUGUGGUUUCAGGAUUUUUGUAUGAUAGGCUUCAGAAAGAGGUCAUCAAUUUAAGAAAGUUGUAUGAGGCUAAAGACAGUAGUUUGAAUACUAAAGAUGAAGAAAUAAAGAUGCUCAUGAAGAAGGUUGAAGCAUUCUCAAGAGCCAUGGAAGUGGAGGCUAAACGGGUGAAGAGAGAAUCACUAGCGAAAGAAAAGGAAAAUGGAUCAGCGAAAAUGGAUGAUGAUACCAAAAAGAUGAAACACACAAACUCCUCUAAGACCAGAAGCAGGGUAACCCAAACAUCUUGAUCUUGAAGACUCCCAUGAAGGGUGGAUGUUGAAGAAAACUUGGAAAUUGAUUUGAUUCGUGUUCUGUGUUUGUGGUUUUCAAUUCACUGUAAAUUAUUGUUGAAUUUUUUUGCUGAUGGUAGGUAGCUAGUUAAAAUAAAGUUAAAUGAUUGAUGAAAUUAGGUCUGUAAAAAAAAGGGUUUGGCUGUGGGUGAACGUUGGAGAUCUAAACUUGUAACAUCCUAGGAAUAGGAUUCCUUUGGUUUUCUGAUUGAUGGAAUGAAAUUGCUUUUUGCAA